GUCGAGGACAGAACAAGUUAGAGAGGAGGACUGCAGAGGCGCACGGUGCCACAGCCAGGACCAGGACCAGGACCAGGACCACUGGGACACUCUGCGAGCGCAACGAGCACACCGAGAAGAAGAAGAAGAAGAAGAAGAAGUCUUAUUAUUUCUGUUUCAAAGUGUGCACGAGGGGGGAACGCAGGGCUAUGACUCGCGACUAGAGACAGUUUAGUGAGUGUUAACGCACGCGGAUCCUUCUUUUAUUCCUUCAAAGAUGAGUAAAGACUUGCGACAGCUCGCGGCGCCGCUGCUGCUCCUCGCGCUCCUCUGCGUCGCGGUGCAGCGAGCCCACUCUGCGGCUUGCCAUGGAUGUGUGGGAUCCAAAUGUGACUGCAGCGGAGUAAAAGGAACCAAGGGUGAGCGGGGUUUCCCAGGUCUCACCGGACAGCCUGGUGUCCCAGGAUUCCCCGGACCUGAGGGGCCGAUCGGAUCCAGAGGAGAGAAGGGUGGCGAUGGACUUCAGGGACUAUACGGUCCAAAAGGAAUACGAGGGCCGUCUGGAUUGCCAGGAUUCCCAGGAACACCAGGACUUCCAGGUCUGCCCGGCCAGGACGGACCUCCAGGCCCGAGAGGAGUGGCGGGUUGCAAUGGGACUAAGGGUGAGAGGGGUUUCUCAGGAAGCGGUGGAAUCCCCGGACAGCAGGGACAGCACGGUCCACCUGGUCUGCCAGGACAAAAGGGCGACCCAGGCGAUGUGAUCUCCACCAAUCGGUUCGGAGAGAAAGGAGCAGUGGGAUUGCCCGGAUUGCCAGGAAUUCCUGGACCAGCUGGAUCCACCGGUUCGCAGGGUCCACUCGGCCCUCCAGGACCCAGAGGUUAUGAGGGUCGUCCAGGUUCUCCAGGUCCUCCCGGACCAAAGGGAAACAUGGGAUUGAACUUCCAAGGACCCAAAGGAGAGAAGGGUGAUCCAGGUCUGCAAGGACCUGCUGGUCCUCCGGGGCAAGUUGGAGAACAGCAGAGGCCGCCGGAGACGGAGAUUCAGAGAGGAGACAAGGGCGAUCCAGGUUUUCAAGGUCCCCCAGGUGAUCCAGGCUAUCCAGGACCUCCUGGUCCUUCAGGUGGCCAGAAAGGAGACAAGGGAGAAUUAGGAGAAGCAGGCAAACGAGGCAAACCAGGCAAAGAUGGUGAUCCCGGUUCUCCAGGCUUCCCCGGAACCAAAGGAGGCUCAGGCCUGCCAGGUCCUCCGGGCAGGGAUGGAGACAGAGGACUCAAAGGUGACCAUGGAUACCCAGGCCCACCAGGACUGGUGCUCGGUGGUGGACCGACAGGAGGACGGGUCGGUCCUAAAGGAGAGCCCGGCUUCCCAGGGGGACCUGGAGUCAAAGGAGAUAGAGGACCGUCAGGUUUAUCAGGACCUCCAGGAUCACCAGGACUUCCAGCUAUCGGUGGUGGUGGUCAGAUUGGAGCUCCAGGCUUCCCAGGAGAGAGAGGUCAGAAGGGAGACUUCGGCGCUCCAGGGCUGUCUUUGCCUGGUCCCCCAGGACGUUCAGGGACUCCUGGUGCCCCGGGUCAACAAGGGCUCCCUGGACCUCCAGGCUCUUCCUCAGGAGGACAACCCUGCGUCGGUGGAGAGCCCGGGCGUCCUGGUGUGCAGGGAGACAGGGGUUACCCUGGAGCGUCGGGCCAGAAAGGUGACAGGGGCGACACCUGUGUGAACUGCUUUGGCGGUACCAGUGGCAUCCCAGGACCCCCAGGACCUGCAGGACAGCCCGGUUUCCCUGGAUCUCCUGGCAGCCCAGGUGGCAAAGGAGACAGAGGAUAUCCAGGAACACCUGGUGUCGUUGGACCCCCUGGUACCUCCGGUGGUCCAGGUUCUCCAGGAUUCCCCGGAGAGAAGGGAGACCCAGGCGAAGCCAUCACAGUCAACGGUGUGAGGGGAGAGAAGGGUGACAGCGGCUUCCCCGGAUCACCCGGUCUUCCCGGUCUGGACGGCCGACCCGGUCGCGAUGGACAGCCUGGAUCUUCUGGACCCAAAGGAGCUCCUGGCUCUCUGCUGGUGAAAGGAGAACGAGGUAUCCCCGGUGAGCCAGGCUCCCCAGGUAAUCCAGGAGACAGGGGUCCUCCAGGAGGACCUGGCUUUGGACCUCAGGGAUCUACAGGAGAGAAAGGUGUCCAGGGCGUCUCAGGAAGACCUGGAGGUUCCGGUGCACCCGGUACUAAAGGUGAACCAGGCCUGGCGGUGGCCGCGAAAGGUGAUCCAGGACCCAGAGGACAGGAUGGCUCACCAGGACUGCCCGGCUCACCAGGUAACCAAGGAGGGCCCGGACAGAACGGUUUCUCUGGUUCACCAGGAACGAAGGGUGACCCUGGACUCCCAGGCAUCGGACUCCCAGGGCCCCCAGGAGUUAAAGGAUUCCCAGGUGUCCCCGGUCAGCCAGGACCUGCAGCAGGACCAGGUAGACCAGGAGUAGAUGGACUCCCUGGCCAGCCUGGAUUUCCGGGAUCCAAGGGUGAGCCUGGCUUUGGCCUUCCUGGUCCCCCAGGUUUACCAGGAGUACCCGGAUCUAAAGGUUUCACCGGAUCAAAGGGAGAUCCUGGCUUCCCUGGCGGCCCCGGUUCACCUGGCCGAUCUGGAUUUGACGGCGGUCCGGGAACUAAAGGUGACCCUGGUACACCCGGUAUACCUGGAGCUCGUGGCCCACCUGGAUCCCCCAUCUCCGGUCCGGGGGGGCCUCAAGGCCCCCCUGGACCCCCUGGCCCAAUGGGACCACCAGGCGAGAAAGGAUUCCCUGGAUCAAACGGAGCGAAGGGAGACCCCGGCACUCCAGGUCUAGACAUCCCAGGUCUGCCAGGAGACAGAGGAAGUCCCGGUUUCCCAGGUUCCCCAGGACAAGUCGGAACCCCAGGACCUCCUGGAGGACCUGGACGGGAUGGCCUGCCUGGACUGCCAGGUCAGAAAGGAGACAUGGGUCCCAUGGGAACUCCAGGACCUUCUGGAGGACCUGGAGGACCAGGAGGGCCGGGCGGUCCCGGAUACAAAGGUGAACCUGGAUUCCAAGGCAGAGACGGUGGUCCCGGCGGCCCCGGUGGUAAAGGAGAGAGAGGUGACCCUGGCGUCCAGGGACCCCCCGGAGCCGUAAGCGCGCCACCAGAGGUAUCAAAGGGAGCCAAAGGAGAUCCUGGAGUACCAGGUGCAUCAGGUUUUCCAGGUCAGAAAGGUGUCCCUGGUCUCUCUGGUGACCCUGGAGGGCCAGGAUCAGAUGGACGCCCCGGACUCCCCGGACCACCAGGUCCCAAGGGAGAUCCUGGCUUCCCAGGAGGCCCAGGUGGUCCUGGAAGUCCAGGAGGAAAAGGCAGCAUGGGAGAAAUGGGAUUUCCAGGACCGUCAGGACAGAAGGGUCUACCAGGUGGGCCAGGUAGGGGAGGAACCCCGGGACAGCCAGGAGGAUCUGGUUUCCCAGGAGCCAAAGGUGAACCAGGCUCUGCUGGAGUCGGACCACCCGGAUCAUCUGGACCCAAGGGUGAACCAGGUCAGCCAGGGUUCCCAGGAAGUUCAGGACUUAAAGGAACCCCAGGAUCACCCGGUCUCUCAGGUAUACCAGGAGGGCCAGGUUCCAAAGGCGACCCCGGACUCCCAGGAUUCCAAGGUUCUCCUGGUAUCCCCGGUCCUAAGGGUCUCGACGGUGGGCCCGGUGCCCCAGGUCUCACUGGAGCUCCCGGUAGACCAGGAGAGUCUGGCCGACCAGGAGGACCAGGGUCGUCAGGAGACAAGGGUCAAGCAGGUCGGGACGGGAUCCCAGGACCAGCUGGAGUCAAAGGAGACCCAGGGCGUCCUGGUUACGGUGGACCCGGUGCACCUGGGCUUCCAGGGUUGCCAGGUGCAAAGGGAGACUCAGGUCUUUCCGGCCCAUCUGGCAGUCCCGGUUUCCCCGGCUCUAAAGGAGAGGCUGGUUUCCCCGGCUCCCCUGGUCCACCAGGCAGCGGCGGCCCUCCUGGGUCUCCAGGACUGGCUCUGCAGGGCCCCAAAGGACUCCAAGGACCCCCUGGACCACCCGGAAGAGGAGGUCCCCAAGGUCCUGCAGGUGGGCCUGGCCCACAGGGUCCCCGUGGGCCUGGAGGAAGCGGUGGCGUUAAGGGAGAGAAGGGUAUUCCCGGCGCUCCUGGCCAGCCGGGCUUCCUGGGACAGAAGGGAGACGGUGGCGUUCCCGGAUUCCCAGGUCCCUCUGGCCUUACCGGUGGUUCUGGUCUGAAGGGAGAUAUCGGUCUGCCUGGCGUUCCUGGAUUCCCUGGACCAAAGGGAGACCCAGGACUCCCCGGUGGCAGUGGCCUUACUGGAGAUCCUGGAGAUGUCGGAGCCCCUGGCCCUCCUGGUGACGCCCGUGUACCUGAGGAUACCUAUGUGAAGGGAGAGCGAGGACCUCCUGGUGCUCAGGGCCAGCCUGGUGGUCGGGGACAGCCUGGUAAUCCUGGGCGUGAUGGACCUUCAGGUCUACCUGGUGGCCCUGGGGAUGCUGGUCCCGAGGGUCCUCCCGGCUUCAGCGGCCCAUCAGGCAGGAAGGGAGACAACGGACCCGCCGGUCAGCCUGGUCAGCGUGGCUACCCUGGUCCCCCUGGUUCAGACGGUCCACAGGGUCUUCCCGGUUCUCCAGGAUCAGUCUCUUCAGCCCAUGGCUUCCUCAUCACCCGACACAGCCAGGGCCAGGAAGUGCCCUACUGUCCCGACGGAACCAGCCUCAUCUACGACGGCUACUCCCUGCUGUACGUGCAGGGCAACGAGAGAGCACACGGACAGGACCUCGGCACGGCCGGCAGCUGUCUGCGCAGGUUCAGCACCAUGCCCUUCAUGUUCUGCAACAUCAACAACGUCUGCAACUUCGCCUCCCGCAACGACUACUCCUACUGGCUGUCCACGCCGGAGCCCAUGCCCAUGUCCAUGGCCCCCAUCACCGGAGAGGGCAUCAAGCCUUUCAUCAGCAGGUGUUCAGUGUGUGAAGCUCCGGCCAUGGUGAUCGCAGUCCACAGUCAGACCAUCCAGAUUCCCACUUGCCCUUCAAAUUGGGAAGCUCUGUGGAUAGGAUACUCCUUCAUGAUGCACACCAGUGCGGGUGCGGAGGGCUCCGGUCAGGCCCUGGCCUCCCCCGGCUCCUGCCUGGAGGAGUUCCGCAGCGCCCCCUUCAUAGAGUGCCACGGCAGAGGGACGUGCAACUACUACGGCAACUCCUACAGCUUCUGGCUGGCCACUGUAGAACCCUCUGAGAUGUUCAGGAAGCCCCAGUCGGAGACUCUCAAGGCGGGUAACCUACGGACGCGCGUCAGCCGUUGCGUGGUCUGCAUGAAGAGGACGUAACGGCACACGGCAACAAGCAAACCCACCGUUGCCGGGGACGCACAAUCAAUAACAAGAGAUGAUUGGAUGACGGGGGACAAGUAAGGGGAAGGGAGGGGGGGGGGAGCGUCGCCGUGACAACAAGGUGGACUUCCAAUGGUGCAUUAUCUUCCGGAAAACAAACGUACGACUUUAAACAAUGGUGCUACUGUGCAACACAGCUUAAAAAAAAAAAGACGUAAAUAAACCUUACAUUUAUUCUUUGUUACUCUUAAGAAGUACCUCAAAAUGAAAGCAGAUAAAUAUCCACUAAAUGGUGCCAUGAU